AUGGUGACGCGGCCCAGGAGCUUGUUGAGCUCCUCGUCGUUGCGGAUGCGCAGCCGCAAGGAGAGCUAUUCCAUUUACGUGUACAAGGUGCUGAAGCAAGUGCACCCCGACACCGGCAUCUCCUCCAAGGCCAUGGGCAUCAUGAACUCCUUCGUCAACGACAUCUUCGAACGCAUCGCCAGCGAGGCCUCCCGCCUGGCGCACUACAACAAGCGCUCGACCAUCACCUCGCGGGAGGUGCAGACGGCCGUGCGCCUGCUGCUGCCCGGGGAGCUGGCCAAGCACGCCGUGUCCGAAGGCACCAAGGCGGUUACCAAGUACACCAGCUCCAAGUGAGGCGCUUCCACCGCAGCCGCGAAACCGAACCCAAAGGCUCUUUUCAGAGCCACCCACUUGAUCGAAAAAGGGUUUCGGACACGUUAAAGGUUUCUGCUUCACUCAGCCAUCUACAAAUGCUCUAGCGUUUGGUUACUCUGGGGGCCCUGUCUGAAUGUGAGUGCAACUGAGAUUUGGCGUACAAUACGGGAAUGUAGAACUGCUCAUUACAGAAGUCAGGGGUAGAAAUUGUUGCGGGGCAAAGUCCUUGAAAUGUUCGCGGGAGGUGGUGACAGAACUAUAUCUUACUUUACAUCCAGUCAUUAAAAUCACAAUGUUAAAGUAGAUUUUACAUUCAAAUGCUCCUUGGCAAUUUAAUGAGCCUGUUGCCCUGGCACUCGUGGGCCUGGAGAAAGCGCUGGAGAAAGCGCGGCAGCCUGCUUUGCUCGUAUGAGGACGGGGAGCAGUAGCUGCCCCAGGAACACCUUGUGCCAUCGGCACGCCUGACACCGGACACGUACUGGGCGCUUCCUUGGAUCAGACAUCUUAUUCUCAAGCAGUUACAUGUCCGUUGGGAGUACAUAGGCAGCAUCUGUUUGAAACGCAGUGAAAACGCAACAUCGCCCUUGAAGUUGACUCCCGCCCUGGGUAGAUUUAACCCUUUGCUUUGCUUGGGGGCUUAGAGCCCUGGGUUGCGCUGGAGCCCCUUGACUCUGGCGGGAGAAAGAUGGUUAUCAGCUCCUGAGAUUUGUACCCUUGAAAACUAUAAGGGGUCCCCCCGGGAAGUCGGAUCGACUCAAGACAGUGGGUUUAUGUUCGGGGAGGAGAGGUGUCAAGUGAUGUUUUAAUCAAUGUAAGAGGAAGAGAAUUACCUUCCCCCUACCCCAUUCCCCGCCCCAACCCUGAACUGAAAUUUGGCUCCUUUGGCCUCGCGGUGUCAGCCACGCUAUUAUUUUAUGUAAAGCUUUACUGUUAGUUGCCAUAGAGUUGCCACCAUUCUAGGAAGCCCGUGCGCAACAGGAAUGGAACCAUUGUGAUUAACAUGGCUUUUAUUGGCUGAUCACUCUGCCUUUCUUGCUUGUCCAGCUGAAUUCAAUAAACGAUCUCUUUUCUUCUCUGAA